GGCGGCCAUGGAGCGGGUGAACGACGCUUCCUGCGGCCCAUCGGGCUGCUACACCUACCAGGUGAGCAGGCACAGCACGGAGAUGCUGCACAACCUAAACCAGCAGCGCAAAAACGGCGGGCGCUUCUGCGACGUGCUCCUGCGGGUGGGCGACGAGAGCUUUCCAGCGCACCGCGCAGUGCUGGCCGCCUGCAGCGAGUACUUUGAGUCGGUGUUCAGCGCCCAGUUGGGCGACGGCGGAGCUGCAGACGGGGGUCCCGCUGACGUGGGGGGCGCAGCGGCAGCCCCAGGCGGCGGGGCUGGAGGCAGCCGGGAGCUGGAGAUGCACACCAUCAGCUCCAAGGUGUUCGGGGACAUCCUGGACUUCGCUUACACUUCCCGCAUCGUGGUUCGCCUGGAGAGCUUCCCCGAGCUCAUGACGGCUGCCAAGUUCCUACUGAUGAGGUCGGUCAUUGAGAUCUGCCAGGAAGUCAUCAAACAGUCUAAUGUGCAAAUCCUGGUGCCCCCUGCCCGGGCAGACAUCAUGCUCUUUCGUCCCCCUGGAACCUCGGACUUGGGCUUCCCUUUGGACAUGACCAACGGGGCAGCCUUGGCAGCCAACAGCAAUGGCAUCGCAGGCAGCAUGCAGCCCGAGGAGGAGGCAGCCCGGGCUGCUGGUGCAGCGAUUGCGAGCCAAGCGUCCCUGCCUGUGUUACCUGGGGUGGACCGCUUGCCCAUGGUGGCCGGACCCCUAUCCCCCCAACUGCUGACUUCCCCAUUCCCCAAUGUGGCAUCUAGUGCCCCUCCCCUGACUGGCAAGCGAGGCCGGGGCCGCCCAAGGAAGGCCAACCUGCUGGACUCAAUGUUCGGGUCCCCAGGGGGCCUGAGGGAGGCGGGCAUCCUUCCAUGUGGCCUGUGUGGGAAGGUGUUCACUGAUGCCAACCGGCUCCGGCAGCAUGAGGCCCAGCAUGGUGUCACCAGCCUCCAGCUGGGCUAUAUCGACCUUCCUCCACCGAGGCUGGGUGAGAAUGGGCUACCCAUCUCUGAGGACCCCGACGGCCCCCGAAAGAGGAGCCGGACCAGGAAGCAGGUGGCAUGUGAGAUCUGCGGCAAGAUCUUCCGUGACGUAUACCAUCUCAAUCGGCACAAGCUUUCCCAUUCGGGGGAGAAGCCCUAUUCCUGCCCAGUGUGUGGGCUGCGGUUCAAGAGAAAAGAUCGCAUGUCCUACCAUGUGCGAUCCCACGACGGGUCGGUGGGCAAGCCCUACAUCUGCCAGAGCUGUGGGAAAGGCUUCUCCAGGCCUGAUCACUUGAACGGACAUAUCAAGCAGGUGCACACUUCUGAGCGGCCUCACAAGUGUCAGACCUGCAAUGCGUCUUUCGCCACUCGAGACCGGCUGCGCUCCCACCUGGCCUGUCAUGAAGAUAAGGUGCCCUGCCAGGUGUGUGGGAAGUACCUGCGGGCAGCGUACAUGGCAGACCACCUGAAGAAGCACAGUGAGGGGCCCAGCAACUUCUGCAGUAUCUGUAACCGAGGUUUCUCCUCUGCCUCCUACUUAAAGGUCCAUGUUAAAACCCACCACGGUGUUCCCCUUCCCCAGGUCUCCAGGCACCAGGAGCCCAUCCCGAAUGGGGGAGCAGCGUUCCACUGCGCCAGGACCUAUGGCAACAAAGAAGGCCAGAAAUGCUCACAUCAGGAUCCGAUUGAGAGCUCCGACUCCUAUGGUGACCUCUCGGACGCCAGUGACCUGAAGACGCCCGAGAAGCAGAGCGCCAAUGGCUCCUUCUCCUGUGACAUGGCAGUCCCCAAAAACAAAAUGGAGUCUGAUGGGGAGAAGAAGUACCCCUGCCCUGAAUGCGGGAGCUUCUUCCGCUCUAAGUCCUACUUGAACAAACACAUCCAGAAGGUGCACGUGCGGGCCCUUGGGGGCCCCCUGGGGGACCUGGGUCCUGCCCUCGGCUCACCUUUCUCUCCCCAGCAGAACAUGUCUCUCCUCGAGUCCUUUGGGUUUCAGAUUGUUCAGUCAGCGUUUGCAUCAUCUUUAGUAGAUCCUGAGGUUGACCAGCAACCCAUGGGGCCUGAGGGGAAGUGAGGCAGAUGCUGUGUCCCCACGGAAAUGGCCACCGGGGACUGCUGAGAAAUGCUGUGAAUGCGGAGGGAAGUACUGUCUUUGGGUUCUGUAGCUGAGAGAUUUUUAUUCGUUUUUAACAACCCCUUCCCCAAACCUAUCACCCCCCACUUCCCCUCCACCACCCAUCCCCUCAGUGGUCUUUAGAAAUAGAUUCUCAUCUGAUACUCUGCAGGAAUAUCUGCGAGACCUGGUAUGGGAUAAGGGCAGAAAACACUACAUAGGCCUCCAAGGCAACACCAGUCCCAGAUUCUCUAAUGGGCGGAAGCUGGAAUUUCUGGUGUUCCGUUCUUAGUGACCCUAAUCCCAGACCCACACCUGAUGGCAUUCUGGGACCACGGUGAUUUGGGUCCCCUCCCCCUUCUCACAUCCUUCAAGAGAAACCACAUCUAGGGUCUCCACCCACUUACACAAAUACAGAUGCCCAACUGUUUUCAAGGAAGCUGGAAGCCUACAGCAUCCCAUGGACCAUGGGGUGAGUGCCCUCUGAGAGCCCCUGAGCUUGACUCUUGACCUGGAGGGCCCCUGACCUUUCUCUGAGCCCUACAUGGAGGCUAGCAUUUUGCUACCAGGACAAGCUCAGCUAUUGAGGACAUCCCCACCCCAAAUUCCAGUUCUUAUGUGAUUUUAACCAUUCAACUUGCUGUUGGGUUUUAAUUCUCUAAUUAUUAUUAUUAUUGUUAUUAUUUUUUAGGACCAGUUGUAGUGAAUUGCUACUGAAAGCUAUCCCAGGUGAUACAGAGCUCUUUGUAAACCGCAGUCACACGUUAGGGUUAGUAUUAAACUUUGUUUAGAUGUACCAUAAUUAACUUGGCUAGUUGAUUGUUUGAAGUCUAUGGAAGAAAUAGUUUUAUGCAAAAUUUUAAAAAUGCCAGUCUGAUCAGGGAGAUGUAGGGGGUUUCAAUGUUGUUGGCAGCCAGGAAGGCAGGAGAGCUGGCAGGUGGGGACAUCGUGUACCUCGGCUGUGUCACAUGUGAGCAGGCCCAGGUUGACCUGGUGAUGUGAAUUGAUCUGAUCAGACUGUAUUAAAAACGUUAGUACGUUAA